GAACGGACACGGCCGGCCCGUACUCGUUGAGGGUGACGCGGGCUUGGUGUCACCGAUCGUGAAAAAAGGCUCCGGGCCCUGGGCAUGGCCAAAGAGGGGAAGUAGCGAGAUAUGGAGUCUCCGGCCGGAGGCGCGCAAGGCACGAUGGCAGUGAGUGUGCAAAGUCUGCCAUGUGAUGGGGGACAGCGGUCGAGAUGGGGACAUGGCCCCGGGCGCGAGUGCGUCGGGACGGACGCAAGAAACGAACCACCGUUAUCAGACGUCGUGGGGUGGGUCCCCCCAAAUAGUGCGCUUCCGAGGGGCGACGACGGAACGUGGAGACGGAAGACAGAAGGCCUCCUUUGUUUGGCCCCCGCGACCCGCGACGCACUGGCCCGUUGGGCUUCAAUUUUG